AUGGCAGGCUUCCAGACGAGGAAGGGAACACCGUCGAAGACGCCAGUGCCUAAACAGAAGCCACCGGUCAAACGCAAUGCUAGCCUAUUGAGCUUCUUUCAGAAGGCCGACGGUCCCCCGCAAGCCACCUCUCGGCAACCUCGAAUCACACAGUUUGUCACCAAAAUUGAGCGAACGAACGGGAGCGGUAAUAGCCCUCUUUCCCUAAGCAGGCAAAAUAGCUCCCAAGCGAGCAAUGGUGCUGGCAGUCUAUUUCUAGAAGACAAAAAUGGCUCCAAGCUUUCGAAAGAUCAUACAUUUACUUCCGAAGCUCGUGAGACAAGAUCCCGGACACCCGAUGAUAUUUGGGAAGACGACGGUGAGGGAGCAUCCUUGCCAACGGAUGUCGAAAGAUAUAAUGAGAAUGGAGAUUCGGUCAAACGACGGAGAAGAGACUCGCCCCCAGCGGCCGACACGGGUUACACAGAAUUGAAUGCUUCCAGCGGUUCCCGUUCGCCCAAAUCUACCAAGACUCGACAAAUCAGCGGUCCUUUUAUCGACGAGUCGGAUACUGAAGAUGACCUGAGUGCCUUUAAGGAGGUGGAUGAAGAAAUUUCGGGUCUCGAGCGCAAGGCGUUCGAAACAAGCAAAGGAGAUAGUCCGACCAGUGUUGACGCUGCGCCGGCCUUCAGAGAGCCACCCACCGCUAUCACCGCACCCUCAUUGGUAAGAGAAGCCACGAGCCACGCAGAAGUCGAUGAGUUUCCGGAUUUUGACGAUAUAGAAAACGACAACUUUCUAGACGAAGCAGAUACCCUGGAUCCGUUUGGCGGAGGCGAAGAUAACUACGAGGAGCCGGGCUUGGGCCCAGGUCUGAUAAGCGACUAUCCUGCCCUUGAUGCAUGUGAGGAACCUCCCAACGGCGAAGGUCCGACAUGUCCGAUUUGCGAAAAGAGUCUCUUGGGCUUGAAUGAAGCCGAUAUCAUGGUCCAUGUCAACGACUGUCUAGAUGGGAAGCCUACUACCGUGCCAGAGAAUCAGUUGGACGCCACGACACCACCCCUGACGCGGAUCGAUCGUGCUGCCAUACCACGACCUGCACAACGUGAUCCAUAUUCAUCCGGUCCCUCCAAAUCCAAAUCGGCCUUUUCAAAAAUAAUGGCCGGUAAUGCUGAGGAUGCUGCAUGGGCGACAGCUGCAGCAGGCGAGGUCGCAUCUCGGGGGAAACAAGCUUACCAGCGGACCUGCCCUUUUUAUAAAAUUAUCCCUGGAUUUUCUAUUUGUGUGGAUGCCUUCCGUUACGGUGCAGUCGAAGGCUGCAAUGCCUACUUCCUCAGCCACUAUCACAGUGACCAUUAUAUUGGUCUAACAGCAUCUUGGCGCCAUGGUCCUAUCUACUGCAGCCGAGCGACGGCCAAUCUAGUGCGUCAGCAACUUAAGGUAAACGGAAGAUGGCUUGUGGAUCUGGAAUUCGAGAAGAAGACAGAGGUUCCCGGAACCAAUGAUGUUCAGGUAACCAUGAUUGAGGCCAAUCACUGCCCUGGAAGCGCUAUCUUCCUCUUUGAAAAGUCAAUUGGAUCCGGAUCUUCCGCCAGAGUGCAACGAAUAUUGCAUUGUGGUGACUUUCGAGCGUCGCCCACUCACGUGCAACAUUCCCUGCUGCGACCUGAUAUAGAUGAUCCUAUUACGGGCGAGCGUCGUCAACAGAAGAUCGAUGUCUGUUACCUCGACACAACAUACAUGAGCCCCAAGUAUGCCUUUCCUAGCCAAGAGGACGUGAUCGAGGCAUGCGCAAGUCUCUGUGUCAGUCUUGAUCAGAAUCCUGAGGAAGGCGUAGGCCAAAGUCUCUGGCAAAAAGGGAGCACCGGUGCAGGAAAUGUGAUGAACAAGUUCUUCUCGGCAGUGAGCGGAUCCCGCCCCGCCCAAAAUCCGUCUUCCCGGCCACAGGGGCGUUUGCUUGUAGUUAUCGGCACCUAUAGCAUCGGCAAAGAGCGGAUCUGCUUGGGGAUUGCGCGUGCUCUGAAAAGCAAAAUUUACGCUACGCCGGCAAAGAAACGGGUGUGUGCUUGCCUGGAGGAUGCGGACUUGUCAGCGCUGCUCACCGACGACCCAACUGAGGCGCAGGUGCAUAUGCAGACGCUGUUUGAAAUCCGAGCCGAAACGCUGGCCGACUACUUGGAUUCGAUGAAACCACAUUUCUCACGCGUCGUGGGGUUCCGCCCGACUGGGUGGACUUAUCGCCCGCCGGCAGGUCGAAUGCUGGACAAUCCGCCUGUCUCUACAGUGUUACACUCGCCGCAUUGGAAGACGCCAUUUUCGUCACGCGACUUGGUCCCUCAACGAGGCAGUACCCGGGAAAGCGCGUGUUAUGGGGUGCCGUACAGCGAACACAGCUCAUUUCGAGAGCUGACGAUGUUUUGCUGUGCUCUACGGAUAGGACGGGUAAUCCCGACCGUGAACGUGGGUAGCCGGAAGAGUCGGGAGCGUAUGAAGGCAUGGAUCGACCGGUGGGACGCAGAAAAGAGGAAGAGUGGUUUGUAUCGUGUCGAAGGCGACCGAUGGUAA